UCAGAGCACGAUUCUAUAUCAGUUCCGAAUUAAUCGUUGCAGUGCAAGUGAACGCAAAGAUAAUAUCAGACAAAAGAACUUGGUGAAUUUAGUGGAAAAUAAGAAUAAAUAAAAGAAAUGGAACCAAAAUUAGGUCCAAACGAACCGUACUUUUUCGAAAAAUACUUCCCAGCGAGCUACCAUUUAACCUAUAAUUCACCGAUAACUCAAUAUCCCGGCUCAUUCAAUUUUGAUAAAAACGAUAUCGAACGUAAAUCGCGCUUGAGUAAGGAUGAGUUUCUGGUGUAUUUGGACACUACUGGCUUUACGCCCGAUGAAAUCAGCGUGAAAACAAUCAACGAAAUCGUUUACGUUGAAGGCAGACAAGGAAGACGUACUGGAAAUGCAGUUCCACGUCAUUUUCAGCGCAGCUUUAGACUACCCGAAUUUUUUGAUUCAGACAACGUCUGUGCAACUAUUUCAGAGGAUGGGAUUUUGAGGCUCAAAGCAACUCCGUCUUCAACGAAGAAAUUCCGUCAUUUGGAGGAAAUUAAAGCGGCUGAUACGACGAAUAGACACGGCAGAAAGUAAUGGAUGUUGAAACAACCAAUUAAAUUUUCAUACGUUCACUUGUUGGAGCACCUUUUCCCGAAUUAAGUUUAUUUUAAUCUCAAUUUCAUCGGCUUUAUUCUGAAAUUGGAUGUAAACGGACGAAUUGGCUGCUUCCUAAUGAGAAUAUUGGAUGGCUAUCUGAAAAGUUAUUACAAUUUCAUAGAAAACUACAGAGAGACUACAGAACCGUUGAUUGUAUGAAAUUGUUGAGUGUAAGAACAAUAAUAUUGACUCGCUUCUUUUAUAGAGAGAAUCGCUCAAGUAAAUUUUUGUCCUUUAAAUAAAGUACCGUCUGUGCCUUCAAA